AUGAUCCAGUCGCAGGGCCGGGGUGCGGAGGUGCUGGCGGGGCUCAUGGAGCGGCAGACGGGCUUCCAGGCCAACAUCAGCUACAAGGACAUACCCGAGCUCACCCCCGCCAUCCUCUCCGCCCUGCUCCUUCCCAGCGGCCAGCCCAACCCCGCCCCCUCCCUGGACGGUUUCGCCUUCGACCCCUCCGCCGUGGUUGACCUCACGGCGCUGGGCGCACUGGCGCCCCUGGAGCAGUUCGUGCGGGAGGACCCGGAAAUAGAGUGGAGCGAUGUGAUGCCGUUCUUCAGACAGGUCGCCACCAUCUAUGACGGGCACCUGGUGGGGGUGCCCUUCACGGGUCAGGUCAGCG